GUGACGAAGGCAUUGUUAAUCUGUUGCUGGUUGAUAAAGGAGCUGAUAUUGAGGCAAAAGAUUAUGAGCGUAUGACACCGCUAUUAUGGGCGGCUCAUAAUAGUGACGAAGGCAUUGUUAAUCUGUUGCUCGAGAAAAUGGCUGAUACUGAAGCAAAGGACAAUAAGGGCAUGACGCCGCUAUUAUGGGCGGCUCAUAAUAGUGACGAAGGCAUUGUCAAGUUGCUAGUUGAUAAAGGAGCUGAUAUUGAUGCAAAAGAUGAUGAGUGUAUGACGCCGCUAUUAUGGGCGGCUCGGGAAGGUCAAGAAGGUAUUGUUAAUCUGCUGCGUGUGAAAGAAAAAAAAUCACUAUAGAAAAUACAUGUAUACAUGACCUAUAAUUCCAGAUCGAGGUCUCCAGACAUAUGCAAUAGACAUUUUGAGUAUAAACUCACUAUAACAGAUAUUGGACUAGUCGGAGAUGGAACUCCCUAAUAGACUCAAAGAAGGGAAGGACUGAUGCAGUGCCUCUCCAGGUGAGAGACGACUGGUGAGAUAAUGUAAGAUUG